AUGUCCACCCCUUCAACGGCUACCGCGACGCAUCCGCAUCAGCAACACUACGGAUACCCCCAUCACCAACCCUACCAACCGAACGCAUCGUUUCCGACCACGUCCGCUGCAGGCACAACUCGCCUCGUCACAUCCUCAUAUCCCUACGCCGUUCCCGCACCGACACCUACCCUUCCUUUUACCCAGUCUCCAAAGAUUAUGCCUACCGCACCCACCCCGACAACCACAACCAUCAGCACGACAACCACAAUGCCCCCGACCCACAACGCCGUGGGCGCUGGGUCCACAGCGCAGACAAGCCGGAGGAGGAAGCCGAACUGGGGCGAGUUCUACAAGAAUGGCAUCCCGAAGGAGGUGAUUGUCAUCGACGACACCCCCCCUCCGGAUCAGUCCAAGGGCCCCUCGCGCAGUCUCGCGACGGCAUCCACGGCCACAGCAACCAACGGCACCGUGCCUCAGCCCGCUGGCAAGAGGCGGCGCACGGGCAUCGAUACUGCCUACGAUCUUGGUUACUAUGAUCGGCCAUCGUUCUCGAUUAAUCCACAACAGUAUGGGGAAGAGUCUUCGGCUGCUUCCCUUUCUACCGAUCGGACUACGUCCCUACAUACGACCGCGCCCACCUCCCUCUCGCAGGGAAGUUCGGGAGCCAGCAAUGGAAUCAUCUAUGAAGAUGCCAAUGUCGGCCAGAAACGGAAACGCGUCACUACCCGAAAGUCCGCUCGAGACGAACAGAAACGAAAGGAGUUAGAGAACGCGGGUGAUGCGUUCUUGAGUUACAUUCCGCCACCUAAGCCGCCCAUCAAGGCCAAGGACGUCCCGGUCCCUGUGAUACGCGAUUAUGCCGGCCGCGGGGAGAAGUUUGAUGAUGACGAUGGCCACUAUAUCGUCAAUCCGAAUACACCCCUGACCGACCGAUACUCGAUCGUCAAACUCUUGGGACAAGGUACCUUUGGCAAGGUGGUUGAGGCGUUUGACAAGCAGCGCAAGACCCGCUGCGCAGUCAAAAUCAUCCGCUCCAUCCAGAAGUACCGUGAUGCUUCGCGAAUCGAACUUCGAGUGCUCUCCACAUUGGCCUCCAAUGACAAGCAGAACCGAAACAAGUGCAUCCAUCUGCGAGACUGUUUCGACUAUCGCAAUCAUAUUUGCAUUGUGACAGAUCUGCUCGGGCAGAGUGUUUUCGAUUUCCUCAAGGGAAACGGCUUUGUGCCUUUUCCCAGCAGCCAGAUCCAGAACUUUGCUCGGCAACUAUUUACCAGUGUAGCUUUCCUUCACGACCUGAACCUCAUCCAUACCGACUUGAAACCUGAAAAUAUCCUCCUCGUCAACAACGCUUACCAGACCUUUACCUAUAACCGUACCAUCCCCUCUUCAUCACAUGCCAUUUCUCGGAGCGCUCGUCAAAGACGGGUGCUGUUAGACAGCGAGAUCCGUCUGAUUGAUUUCGGGUCUGCCACGUUCGAUGAUGAGUAUCACUCGUCUGUCGUGUCGACCCGGCAUUACCGGGCCCCCGAGAUCAUUCUGAACUUGGGCUGGAGCUUCCCUUGCGACAUCUGGAGCAUCGGUUGCAUCCUCGUGGAGUUCUUCACAGGCGACGCCCUUUUCCAAACCCAUGACAACCUGGAGCAUUUAGCGAUGAUGGAAGCUGUCAUUGGGGAUCGGAUCGACACCCGCCUUGUGAGGCAGGUGAUGCAGGGGGGACGCGGUACAGGGCAGAACCAGGCCGCCAAGUACUUCAACCGCAAUCGCCUCGAAUACCCGAACGAGCAGACGACUCGGGCUUCCCGCAAGUACGUGCGGGCGAUGAAGCAGCUUCCGGAAUUCAUCCCCACCAACACCAAGUUUCAUAAACUGUUCCUUAAUCUCCUCCAGCAGAUCUUCGUGUAUGACCCGAAGAACCGCAUCACCGCCAAGGAAGCUUUGAAGCACCCGUGGUUCAAAGAGUCCUUAGUGGAUGACGGCACCGAAGCCCUUCGGAUUGGGGAGCAGCUGCAGCGCAAUAAUCAGCGCCACUAG